UGAGCUCCCGAUAGCCACAUCACAGACGAAAUUCUUUGCCCUGUAAAAGGGUCAUCAUAGGGAUUAAUCAGUACGACUUAUUGUAUAGCACGCUUACGAGCAUUGAGCUUUAAUCGCCAAAUUCUGAUAGACACAUCUGUCUAAUCAAUUGGAUAGCCUGUUGCCCAUUAUUUAGCUUGGGUUGACAUAAAUUACUGCAAUCUAUGGAAACAAGGCCUAACUUAUUCAUUGUGCCAUUCUGUGUCACAAAGAGACUGUCAGCCAUCACGUUUGGAACAAUCGCGUUGUCUAGGGAAAGAAAGAAUCUAUUUCGGUUCAAGGACGCACAUAAAAAGCCAGCAGAAUCCAAAUAUCAGUUAUGAACUUUGAUGAUCAAAUAAUUCAUACGCAAACGCACACACAAACACGCCACCACGUACACAAUUCACCGAAUACGAAUAAAUACGAAUCGAUCAACUGAUAUUUUCCACUCAAGCUUUCAUAAUGAGUACCAUGAAUGCUACAGUCAAUGCCAAGUUAAUUGGGGUGUUAGAAAACCAUUAUCGCCCAAUGCAGGAAUACCAAUUUGACAAGGAAGCUAAAAAGUGGGUUUAUAUCAAGCGUACAGGCGCCUCCAAGCCUACAAAAUGUCUAUUUUUAACCGACGAUGGUUUCUUAAAAUGGGUGGCAGUCAAUGCAGGUGUGUUCCAAGGCCAUUGGUACAACAGGGAUACCAGUCAUCUUGUAUUUCCGUGCUUUCCUAUUGGAUCCUGGAACUUUGGCCAAAUUCGUCGAUUAGACAACGGUGAGGUAGGGUUUUCACAGACAUCUGAGAAAACGUUAGUUGGCAUCGAGAAUGCUUGGCAUCCUACCAAAAUCGACUUCACCGAGUUUGAACUCAUAAACCAGUUCGGCCACUUUAAAUCAGGAAGGCUGUGGCUUGCCAAGCAUUCCCGCUUUAAUGAGCAACUUUUGUUCGUAAAGAUAGAGCCUUGGGCUAGUAGCUGGUCUAUCAAGUCAAUGGAGAAUGAAACUAGAGUCUACGAACGUACUUACGGCCUUAACUUGACACCGCCAUUCCUGGGUCAUGUAACCUACAAUGGUGCUAUCAUCGGAUACGUACUUGAGUACCUUGAAGGAGCGAAAACGACCAAGAAAGAAGACAAAUAUGCUCGCAUCAAGGCUGUCAAGAAGCUUCAUGCUCUUGGAAUCAGUCACGGUUGCGCUCAUCACGCAAACUUCUUGAAGGUCGGCAAAAACAUGUUGAUGAUCGAUUUCCAAGAGAGUAAGUUUGACGAGAAGGCCACUGAAAAAUCAAAAUUGAAAGAUAUCCGGCGAAUCAAACACAUAAGAACUGACAUGUUUGCAUACACAACUAGUGAUGAUGGUUAUGUUGAGGAGACUAGCCAGUUUGAUGAUAUGAUCGAUGAUGAGAUCGAUUGGACGGAUGAUUCAACCGACAGCGAGAGAGACGAUCUUAAUAAGCCGAUAGCCGAACCAGAUGACUCUGAUUACGAGUUUGGGUGCUAUUGGCGACCUGAUAUACACCAGGGCAAUUAGUAGUACAAGCUCAAGAUGACAACUCGCCGAAGCCGAGUUCACUGAAGUGCACCAUGUCUGUGCUAACGCGCCCUGGUUGUUGAGCUCUCCGCACCAAAGCCUCUCAAUUGGCUACAUCAAAAAGCAGAGCCUCGCUAUAUAUAGCCCUAGCCCGUUCACAGCGAUUUUAAAACCUUCGUGUAAUAGAACGUCAUAUAGUACCCCAUAAUUACACUAGGAAUCAAUAAACGAUAAUCAAAA